AUGAGCAGGUGGUUCAGAUCAGCUACCAAGGGGACUGCUCCGAUGGUAGCGGAGGAGGAGGACAGGCAUCUACUACAGGUCGAGCAGGCACUACUCAGACUGCUCAACGAUGACAUUGUCGAGGCGGAUAAGCUCCUGAAGCAGCAGGACUCUUCCUACCACCACCUCGGGCGUGGUAUCUCGAGUUUCAUCAGUUCGAUGUUGGCGGCGGAGAAGGAGAUCAUGAAGGAGGCGGCGGCGGUGUUGCAGACGGCAGAGAAUAAGACGUGGGAGGAUAUGAAGAGUGCACAGAGAUCGCCUACGGCUUUCCAGUCUCAGAUCUACCCGCCGGGGACGGAGUAUCUUUUGUGCUACUCAAAUGUUCAAGUUAGUCAAUUGACGAGCGCUAUCUGCGCGGUGAUGUCGGGGAGUGUUACCGGGGCCAUGGGAGGCUUCUUCAAGUUACGCAAGACCUUCAUGACUUUGCACGGCAUUAUGGAUAUCGAGGCGAAGUAUCUCCAGCGAAGAGCUGCCUCCCGACGAGGCUCGGUGGCUUCUCGAGAAGACAUUGGAACGCAGUCUGCCGAGGAUAUUGCCAAUCUUGCUGCUGGUAUAGACGAAGCAUCACUUCAAGCUAGCAGCACUAAAGACCAGGAAAAUUCAUCUAUUGAAGCUGUGGGCGCUCCCAAAGAAAGCACACAUAGCGCUCCUUUAAGCCCGAACGGUCUCACUGUUGGAUCCUUACAGCUUCCUGACAGGGUUGAGGGCAAGCUUCUUGAUUUUGAUCCAAAAUCGGUUGUCGUGGGAUUCAAAGGGGACAGAGAGCUUGGAACUCGCUAUCUCUGGCAGGCAGCCCGUUUCGACAACUUCAACAGUGCCAUUGCUGGGAUCGUUUUACUUGGAUACUACAAUGGUCUCAAUGGAUUCUGUGAUAUACUCCCCACAGACGAGGGGUCCGAUGAAGACCUCUCGGGUUACCCCAAGGCUAGGUGUCACACUCUGCUCGCGGAUAUGCGACGCAGGUACCCGGAAUCCAAACUCUGGAAAAUGGAGGAGGCGAGAAUGCUUUCAGCCAACAGAAACCUAGCCGGCUGCAUCGAGAUUCUGACCCAGAAUCUCGAAAGCAAAAUGAAGCAGAUCGCCCUGAUCAACAUCUUCGAGCUUUCUCUUUCCACCAUGUUCUCUCAGCAAUACGAAAUGUGUGCCAAGAGCUGGAUUCAAGCAUCGGAGAUCAGCACCUGGUCACCUACACUGUACGCCUACUUGGCCGGUGUUGCAUACCUGGAGUCUUACCGAAACGUACGCGUUAGCGACCCUGCUGCGGCAAAGGCUUUGAAGGAGAAGGCGACUGAGUUCCUGAGGAAAGCACCUCCGUUGGCUGGCAAACAAAAAGUUAUGGCACAACAGUUACCCUUCGAUUCGUACAUCACUCGGAAGAUGCAGAAAUGGGAGGAGCGGGUCAAAGCCUUGAAGGUGGAUCUUGUCGAUGCGAUUGGGGUUAGUCCGCUUACAGAGAUGGUCUAUUUUUGGGGCGGUAUGAAAAAACAAGAUACCGUACAGUUGCAGCAGUCUCUAGACUGUUUGGCAUGGAGCCGGACCAGCCAUCCUGAUAAGUUCGAGACUGAUCUCGACGAGAAAGCCAUAAAGGCGGUCCUCGAAGCCUGUAUCCUUCGAAACUUGGGGAAGUACGCGGAAGCGAGAAGAGUGCUGGAGACCGAGGUCUUGGGCCAUGACAAGAACAAAUUCAGGGGCCACCUCAAGGAUGACUGGACAUGCCCAAGUGCUCACUAUGAGAUGGCUGCCCUCGCAUGGGCGGAAAAAGAUCUCGAGGGUAUGGACCAUAACGAGAAGGUCCUUGAAAGUCAGAGCUGGCUCACCAAAACGCAACAAUGGCCGGACUCGUACGUCCUGGAUUCGAGAGUUUCUGUCAAAGUUUCAACCUCGGCUUUCACGAUUGAUCGCCACAAGAGGGUAAUGGGGAUCUAG